AUGAACCAUAUAGUCAUCUACAGAGAUUUGAGUUGGUUGGAGAACUCCAAAACUGUUGUAGAGAUGUCUGACGAAUGGCAAAGUGCUUCAAAUAAGCACACAAAAGGAGGAAAAGGGAAGAAGGGCAAGGCCGAGAAAAAAGUUGCAAAGAAGGUAGAAAAGAAAGUCGAGAAAGUAGAAGCACCAAAGGAGCCAGUCGUAGAAGCAGUGAAAGCAGUUGAGAAAGUUGAGGAACCGGUAGUUCCAAAAAUAGAAACCGUUGAGCCAAAAAUUGGGGAACCAAAACAAGAAGUGAAAGAAGUUCUUGAAACUCAACCAAUUGAAGAAGUUAAACCAAUAGAACAGAAAAAGAAAGAAGAGAAACCACUGAAAAAAGUCGAAGUCGUGGAGAAGAAAGAUGACGAAUGGGUCGAAGUGAAAAAAGGAAAACAUAUGAAACACCAAAAAGCUAAAAAAGAAUCUCAAAACUAA